AGUAGUCAGUCGUCCGUACUGCAGUUGACGUCGCAAUUUGAAAAAACUCUCUGGAAAAAGGACAUUUCUUGCUGAAACCGUGAUAAAAGUGACUGAAAACACUUCUUGUAAGCUUGACCUCUCCGGACGCUUAGAUGCCCCAUUAACUCCGCACGCCCACGCGCCAGCUGACAGAGAAGUCCAGAGAGAGCGGAGACAGAGUCCAGGUGAAUCUGGUCAGGAGAUGCUAGACUCGCGAUGAGCAGGACCUCAUCCUGAUCCCAUCUCAGCAGUGCCAUCGAUUAGUGCUGUGUUUGUGUCUGUGAGCGCACACCCACUCUUGUGGGGCGGAAAAUUCUGUGUGAAAAUCAAUCUGUUUUUGUGGUGUUGAAGAGACAAACUACGUCGCAGACUUUUAUGUGACUGAACUCGAGAGAUUGAGAGCUCAACCGUUUUGCGUGGUCAGAGAGAAAGAAGAUAGAACGUGUGUAGAUGGCGAGUGACAAGAUAGCGAGGGAGAUUAAGGAGAUGCAGCCGAAGGAGAGUCUGCCUGAGAAUCCGCUGAAGAAUUGGCGGGCGAAGUUUGACAACAACUCCCUGACCACGGAGACCUUCAUCAAGUACUUCCACGCCGCCUGUCCGUUCUUCAUCAACAUCAAGCCCGAGGGAGAGUCUGAAACUGUUUGUUUCGAUGAGCAAAGUGCCAAGGGGGCGAUUUUGGAUGCUCUGGAGGAGUUCAUUUGCGGUGACAAUCCGCAAAAUGUGCUGGAGAAGCUCAAGUCGGAGAACAACGUGGCAGCAGUGUGUGGGCGCGUGUUCAAGAUUGGCGAGCCGACGUACUGCUGCCGCGAGUGUGGCAUGGAUCCCACGUGCGUGCUGUGCGUGAAUUGCUUCAAGCAGUCGGCGCAUCGGCACCACAAGUACAAGAUGGGCACAUCCAAUGGUGGCGGAUGCUGCGACUGCGGCGACGCCGAGGCGUGGAAGAGGGAUCCGUACUGUGAGCAGCACAUCCAGGGAUUGCAGAACAGCCAGCCGGACAAUCCCAUCAUCACGGAGAGGAUGAAGAAGGCGUGCGAGGUGGUCUUCCACGCGGUGCUGAGCUACUGCUGCACAUCCCUUGAGAUUGACUGCAAUGGGAACAUGUCGGCAGUGAAUGAGGAUGAGGAUUCAUAUUGCACAGUUCUGUACAAUGAUGAAACUCACACUUAUGAGCAGGUCAUCCAGACAUUGACGAGGACCGUGGCGUGUCCACACAAGAAUGCUGUGGACUACGUUACGAGUGUGGACAGGGAUGGACGGGCUGUUGUGUACUGUGGCUCCUUCAAUGAGUGCGUGCGUCUGAAGAAUGAGGUGGAGAAGCAAUCUCUGCGGAAUAUCAUGCACGCCAAGACGCAACCGCUGAGGGUGACUGUGUUGCACAGGAAAUCACUGUCAUAUCAGCAAUUUGCACUGCAACUGCUAAGUUGGCUGCAGCAAUUUCUCAUGCACUGUGCGGCCUUUAGGAAGGUCUUCUGUGAUAUCAUCACCAUGAACACAGACUACAACAUCAAUCACUUGCUGUCGAAUGACUGCAAGUUGUGGAAGAUGGCGAGGAGCAGCUGGCAUCGUGUGUUGAUCUCGGGAAUGCUGAUGGAGUAUGAGAAUAAGAAGAAAUUGGCUGUGGUGUUCACCAAGUUGUAUGCUUCAGUGAUGCAGGAGUACAUCAGAGAUGAUCACGAUCACUCAUUCUCAAUUGUGUCACUUAGUGUGCAACUAUUCACGGUGCCGACAAUUGCUCACCACUUGAUCGCCCAUGAGAGUGCAUUCUUCAUUCUCAUGCAGACAUUCUACGCGGAGAGUGUGGAGAAGUAUGUGCAAAACAAGGUGCUGCAGUUCGCAAAGACCACCAUCAAUCUCAAUGUCUUUAAGCGUUCAGCGUACAUUCUGUAUGACGUCAGAUACCUGCUCAAUAUCACCCCGGACGUGUGGACAGAUGAUCUGAGGAAGGGCUUUCUGCACGGCAUGCAGAUACUCAUCAAGUUGCUGCGCGUAAUGCAGGGCAUGGAUGCCGUGCAUCGGCAAACGGGAUCACAUAUUGAGCACGAGCCGGAGUGGGAGAGCGCGUUUAAUCUGCACAUCAAACUGGCGUACGUGAUAAGUCUGGCUCUGGAAUGGUGUCGCACGGAUAAGGUGGUCCUCGUCAAAGUUUACCGGAUGGUCUUGGCGUCACUGUCCGAGUGUGAAUUCAUUGUGGCGCAGACGGUGACGAAGGUGCAGGAAUUGGCCGAUCACAGUGUCACGUGCUUAAUGUAUGACGUGGCAAGUCAACCUGUGUCCAUUCACUUGCCCCUAUCGCGCUUCUUCGCCGGACUCUAUUUGCACCUGGAGAAGUUUGGGCUGUCUUACUACACUGUGUCCGCACCUUCGUCAGGCUUGUCACUCGUACACCUGAUUGAGCCUGUUCUGUGCACACAAACCAUGAUCGCACAGGUGCACGCAGGCAUGUGGCGUCGCAAUGGGUACUCUCUCCUUAACCAGCUCUACUUUUACCGGAAUGUUAAGUGCCGGUCAGAGAUGCUGGAUAAGGACAUUGUGACAUUGCAAAUUGGAGCCUCACUCAUUGAGAGCAACGAGUUCCUCAUUCGCAUUAUCAACAAGUUCAAUCUGAUGAGUUGGGUGUCGCCCACACCCUGGACAACACCCGAGACUGAUUCCCGCAUCAACGAGGAGGAUAACAUUCGCCAGACCAUUAACAUGGUGGAUGAGUUCCUCGAGUUGCUGAUCAUCAUAAUUGGUGAGAGAUAUGUGCCGGGCAUUGGGAGAGUCACUGAGGAGGACAGGCUGAAAAAGGAGAUUAUCCAGCAGCUGUGCAUCAAACCAUUCUCUCACUCUGAACUGAAUCGCACGCUGCCGGACUUCCAGCACGAGACAGGCAUGGAGAGUGUCAUCAAUGCCGUGGCGGUGUUCAAUAAGCCCGCUCAGGCAGAUCGAAAGGGUGUUUAUGAGCUGAAAGAGGAGUUCUACGAUGUGUACAACAUGUUCUUCUACCACUACAACAAGGAGGAGAAGUCCAAGUCUGAGGAGGCGCAGCGGAAGAGGAAGAAUGCAAAGAAGACAUGCUGUUUGCCACCGAAACUACCGAUGUUGUCAGAGGCUUUCUGUAUGAUUGCCAAUCUUCUGCAAUGCGAUGUGAUGCUGCUGAUAAUGCAGACUGUCUUGGAGAAAUCACUGGAUCUCAGAGAGAAGACUUUCGCUGAGGGACACUUGCAAAAGGUGCUUUAUCUGAUUGGAUAUGCGCUUCAGGAUGAGGAGAGUGGUUACUAUCCCUUCCUGAUCUUUCACGAGAAAGCCAUCAAGUGGAAUAUCUUGCAUCUUCUGCAAGAAUUGUCCACAUAUCCACGCGUUGAGGCCCUGGCGGAACAUAUUCAGUGGACGGUGAAGAAAUUCAAGGAGCUUCAAGUGCAAGAGGAUGAAGACAGUGGAGCCGGUACGAGUUCAAGUGGUGUGGCGAUGGAACAGGAUGAACCGACAGUGACGACAGAUGAGCAAGAAGUGACGGAGACGCAACGACGUGCCCGAUUGGCGGCCGAUCAUCGGGCGAAGAUCAUGGCACAGAUGGCAAAUGCCCAGAAGAACUUCAUGACGGAGAAUGCGGCACUGUUUGAGAGUACAAAGGCGGAGCUGGAGCGCGAUGAGGCGCAGGAUGCGAUGGAGUGGGAGAUGAUUAGUGAGCAGAGUCAGUCAUUGGCAUGUUUGGGACCUCAGCGGAAGGUGCACAUUGAGGAGGAUGAGAUUGUGUCGUGCAUUCUCUGCUCUGAGGAUGUGAAUGUGAGCAAAGGUGGUCCUUGUAUGGUGUAUUCGGCGUAUGUGCAGAAAUCCACACUGAUCUACGGUCCAUCGAAGAUUUAUCCGCAUGUGAGCAGUUGUGGUCAUGUGAUGCACGGCAAUUGCUGGCUGGAGUACUUCAACAAUGAGGUGCAGAAGGAGACGCGACGCCCGUACAGGAAUAGAUCACCGGCAAGCUUUGACACAGACAAGAAGGAGUUCCUUUGCCCGCUGUGUCGCUGUCUCAGCAAUACUGUCAUUCCGCUGGCCAGCUCCUUGCCUCUGUAUUACGGCGGUGUGGGGCAUCAGCCGGCGAGUGAGUUCCUGGACUUUUCCACGUGGUGUGACAUUAUGAGGAAGUUUAUCGACGGUGUGGGCGGUGAGGAGGAGGAGAUGCCAGGAAUUGUGGCUAUUUUGGAGGAAUUUGGCCCAAAAGUGCGAGAACUCUUCACAGCGGCCUGCAUUCCGCUGACGCGACAGAUUGACAGGGAUCUUCUGGGGCAUGUUGGGGACUUUGUGUCCGUGAUGAAGGAGUUGAUUGGCAUUAAGAAGAUCAACAAGCAUGUAGAGUUGUGGAUGGCUUGCAUGUACACCAUUCAAUCGGCAGAGAUACUUUUGCGUGCCCAGGAGAAGCCGCUGAAGGGGAAACUCUCCAUUCGACAACUGAGUUGCUUGUGUGGUGUGAUCCGGAUGUGUGGUGUGAUGGGAUUUGCAAUGACGGAGAAGGAGAGGCGUGAAUUGUUGCCACUAUUUGCCCAACAUCACGUGUUGGCGGGUGAGAGUUGCAUACUGGAGGCAAAUCUCUUCCAAUCACUGGUGAUGAGUGUCUUCAUGACGCCAUGCAUUGUGUAUGUUCAGAAGAAGAGUCAGGAGGGCGUGCAGAAGAGUGAUUGUGUCAUUCCCACGGGUCAAUUGAUGGAGUACUACAUCCUGAGGGUGGCUUUCCUGCUCAAUAUGGCCAAAAUUCUCAUCACAUUCUGCCCAGAAGUGGCGAUGGAGGAGGAGGAGGGCACUCAGGAGGCGGAUGAGGUGUUCAGAGAAGUGGCGCGGAAGGCUGAGGAGAGAUAUCGCAAGGAGCAGGUGAAGGAAGUGCCGUCAACAUCAACAUCAGCAUCAACAGCGAAAAUGGAGAAGAGUUCAGCGCCUGCAAAGGAAGCUGCUAAUGAAGACGUGAUUGAGGAUGUCCCAAUGGAGACGCCGCCUAAGGAGGAGAAGGAGGAGGAAUCAGGCACAGCCACGCUUCUCGCUUUCUUCCGACUGCACAAUAUCUAUCUGAGCGCCAAGGCAAGGCGAAGCAUCACAGUUAAGCAACUUAUUGAGGAGAUUAAGGUGAAGAGUGCAACUUUCCUGCGAUCAGCCACACUUUUGUUCUACUUCAUCACGGGAAUUGAGCUGCCUGAGGAGUUGUCACAUGUCCAGGGGGACUCCUUUGAGUCGAUGUGCGAAUAUCUAGGACUGGAGGCGAAUGUGGAGACGUAUUUCUUGUGCAAAAAGAGUUUGGAAUUGAUGACUGUGGCAGCUACUCAUCCCACCAUUGAGGCCAUGCGCAGAGGUGAGAUGGAGAAGAGCUUCACGGAUGUGUAUCUGCCGGUGAGGGAAUUGAAGCAGCUGCCGGAGGACUACAGUGACUUGAUCAACAGCGUGAGUCUCUUCACGUGUCCCAACAAUUCCCGGGACGACACGAGGAAUCCCACCAUGUGUUUGAUUUGUGGUGAGGUUCUCUGCUCGCACACGUACUGCUGUCAGAGUGAGAUCAACAGGCUGACCGUGGGCGCUUGCACAUCCCAUGCUCACUCCUGUGGCGCCGGAAUCGUGCCUCUGCUGCGGAUCCGCGAGUGCGAAGUGAUGCUGCUGAGCGUGGGCAAAGGCUGCCACGUGUCGCCGCCCUAUCUGGAUGAGUACGGGGAGUUCGAUGCUGGACUGAGGCGAGGCAAUCCGCUGCAUCUGUGUCGGGAGAGGUAUGAGAAGCUGAGGCUGAUGUGGCUGAGCCAUGGAUUCUACGAGGAGAUCGCCAGGGCCAUGGAGAUGAACAACACAAUACCGGCUCAGUGGGAGUUGUACUGAAGAUGACAGUCAUUUCCUGCCCCUUGAGUUUCGCGAGAGUCUUUGUAUAUAAUUGAGGUAAAGUUUCUGGAGGAAAAUUUUAGUGUAUAUUGCGUUCUCACACGACUCGAGCGACUUUUAAUUCAAUGAUUGUGCAGCUGUUGACGCUUUUCGAUGAUAAAUGAUUGAGUCUCCAUCCUUUUUCUUAAUCUUUUGAUGAUCACGAUGAAAAGAGAGUCUAGUUAAAAUCUUCGGUUUGAUAUUUUGUGAAAUAUAUUAUAUUGAGAAAGAGAGACAAAGAAAGAGUAAUAAACGUAAUAAACGAUUGAAGAGUA